AUGUGCUGUGUCCUAGAAACCCAUCUGCGGCUCUCCGGAGGGAGGAACGGCUGGGAGGGCCGCGUGGAGCUGUACAACGGCAGCAGCUGGGGGACGGUGUGUGAUGACCAGUGGGACCUGAGAGAUGCCCAGGUGGUGUGCCAGCAGCUGGGCUGUGGCCAGGCCAUGGCCGCUCCAGGCAGCUCACACUUUGGCCUUGGCUCUGGGAGCAUCUUCCUGGAUGACGUGCAGUGCCGUGGGAACGAGCCUUCCCUCCAGAUGUGCAGGCACAGAGGCUGGGGUGUGCACAACUGUGCACAUGUGGAGGAUGCCAGUGUCAUCUGUGCAGCUCCUUAUUUUUGUGGUGGCUCAAUCUCCAAUUUCUCUGGGGUGCUGCAGAGUCCCUUCUACCCUGGAAGUUAUCCAAACAACGCUGACUGCCUGUGGGAAAUACAAGUAGAGAGCAAUUUCCGUGUUAUCCUCACAUUUAGAGAUAUUGCGAUGCAAAGCGGCAGAUGCCAGUUUGACUACAUUGAAGUCUACGACGGGCCUCCACAUUCUUCGCAGCUUCUUGGGAGACUUUGUUCUGGUUCCCUUCCCACGUACAUAUCCUCUUCAAACAUGAUGACCGUUCGCUUUCACAGCGAUUCAAGAUACAGCUUCAGAGGGUUUCAGGCUCACUACUCCUCCGUCCCAGCAGAUCACAACACUACCCUUCUGUGCUUGCCAGACUACAUGCAUGCAGUGGUUAGCAGGGACUAUCUCCAGUCUCAAGGUUACUCAGCGCAGAUGAUCACCCUGAAUGACAGUGGCUGCAAGCCAACAGUCACCUCACAGGAGGUUAUAUUCAACAUUCCCUACAGCGGCUGUGGGACGAUACGAGAGGAGAAUAAUGAUACAAUCAACUAUUCCAACGUGAUCAAAGUUACAUCUUCUGGGUACAUAAUCAAGAGGAAAAAGAAUAUUGACUUGCAUAUCAGUUGCAAAAUGCUACAGAACACAUGGAUGCAAUUAAUGUAUGUUGCUGAGGAUACCGUAGAGGUGAAUGAAAAUCAGUUUGGAAGAUAUGACGUGAACAUCAUGUUUUAUGAUUCCCCAUUAUUCUCGCGGGCAGUGCACGACUCUCCAUACUACAUUGAUUUAAACCAAGAUCUGUACGUUCAAGCUAAUCUUCACAGCUCUGACAGAAAACUGAAGUUGUUUGUGGACACAUGUGUGGCAUCACCUGAUCCUCAUGCUUUUAACAAUAUCAUGUAUAAAAUAAUUGAGAACGGAUGUCCCGAGGAUCCUUCCUACGUCAAGCACAAUUCCUCUGACAACCACGUUGUUCGGUUCGAAUUUAAGACCUUUGAGUUCAUUGACCGCCAUCCGUCCGUCUACCUGGGCUGUGAGCUGAUGGUGUGCAGGGCCGAUGACUCCUCCUCCCGCUGCUACCAGGGCUGUGUUAGCAGGUCCAAGAGAGAAGCAAGUUCUGCUGAGGAAAAAGUGAAUGUGGUUGUCGGGCCACUUAAGCUUCGAGAAGGGGGUGCUCAGAGUAGGAGUACUGGCCUGGACUCUUCUGUGCCUCCUCCCCAGGCAGUUCCUGCUGCUGCUGAAAAUCUCUUCGCGCCACUCGUUGCUGCUGUCGCCAUCCUGGCAGUUGUCGUUUUUGUUCUUGCCGGUUUUCUUGUGAGAGCUGCACCGAAGAAACAGCUUUCACAUGGGAUAAUCAAGUGGUACGCGGUGGAACUCACAGGGAGACUCAGAACCUGGAGGUCAAAACUCGGUCCAGAAAACCCACAACUGCGACUGGUAUUUGGAGGGGACCGAUGCUCCGGGAGGGUGGACGUGUACUAUAAAGGCAAAUGGGGGACAGUGUGUGACGAUCACUUUGAUAUGAAGAGUGGCAGUGUUGUAUGCAGACAGCUUGGUUGUGGUGAAGUUGUUUCUGUCCUGGGAGGGUCUUACUUUGGCCGUGGCAGAGCAGGCAUCCACCUGGAUGAUGUGCAGUGUAAGGGAACCGAAUCUUACCUUUGGGACUGUCAGCACGCCGGCUGGGGCAGACAUAACUGUGGUCACCAUGAGGAUGUCAGCGUCAUCUGUUCAGGUAAAAAAACAAAUACCUCUGCCCCGACCCUGCGGCUGACAGACGGUCUUGGCAGGUGCUCAGGCCGCGUCGAGCUCUACCACAACGGCAGCUGGGGAACGGUGUGCGAUGACGGCUGGGAGAUGGCCAACGCCAAGGUGGUCUGCAAGAGCCUGGGGUGUGGAGAAGCUCUGCUGGCCGUGUCGGAAGCCCAGUUCGGUCCAGGCCAUGGGAGCAUCCUCCUCAAUGAAGUGCAGUGCACAGGGGAUGAGAACAGCCUGUGGGAGUGCUCCCACAUGGGGCCCACUGUCCAUAACUGCCACCAUAAGGAGGAUGCUGGCGUCGUCUGUGCAGAGCCAGUUACUGCCCCGGUCACAACGGAGCCUGCUCCACCUGACAUGUCCCUGAGACUAGUGAAUGGAGAGAACGCGUGCUCAGGACGCGUUGAAGUCUUUCACAACGGGAGCUGGGGAACCAUCUGCGAUGAUGGCUGGAGCAUGAAGGACGCCGCUGUAGUGUGCGAGCAGCUGGGCUGUGGAGAGGCUGUGUCAGUCAAAACCGAUGCCUUUUUUGGGGAAGGCACAGGAGAAAUUCACCUGGACGAAGUGACGUGCAGCGGGGAUGAGGCCUCUCUGGAGCAGUGCUCUCACAAGGGGCUGGGCACUCACGACUGCUUCCACAAAGAAGACGCUGGUGUUAUCUGCAAAGUUCCUGAGAAGCCCACCACACCUGCAGCAACAG